AUGACUAGUGUGGAUUAUUUACUUACUGUAUCUGAAGUGUCUGGCUUAAAAUCCAUGUACGGUGAAGAAACCGCGGAGCAAGAUGAAGGAUUUGGUAUGAAGAAAGACGAAAGGAUCACUCAGAAUAUUGUGUCAUCAUAUCCACAUGUUGUUGAUCAAGAAGUUUUUGAUUUCGAUGUCCCAAAGGGAAAACGAAACAGAGCUCCGGAGAAUAAUUCUGACGAAGAAAACAGACUAAUACAAGUUGAUAAAAACAGAGAAAAGGCGGUGGCGGAUAAUAGGGAAAACAGAGGAAUCAGAAUCAGUAGUAAUUCUUCACCAUUGCCCUUUAACGGAAAAAGAUCACGAGACGACAAUUUUAAACCUGUUGAUAGAGUUGUAGUCAUGGUCGUGGCCCCUCCUCCUCCUGCUGCUGUUAUAGUCAACAGAGGAGAAUUGAGUAUCGAAUUCAAGAAUCUGAUUAUAUUGUAUGGGGGUUCACUUGAAUCAGCUAAAUUGGUCAGUGAAAAAACACUAGUUGUGACUGAUGUUACAGGGAAGAUUUUCGAUCCCACAAAAACAGAUACUUUCUAACGCCUAACGAAGAGCAACUUUUGAAUGAGGCUAAUAAUAAAAUGCGUGAGAUGUUGAUUGAGCCUUUGCAUAUAAAAGGUGAAAUAAAUCUGAGAAAAUGGACAAUGAACAAAAACAAUGGGAAAGCAAGUUGUAGUUAUGUGUUGGUUAAACACUGGAAUGAUGUCGUAACAAGGAAUCGAUGGUAUGAAGAUGCAAUUGUGGGCAUUCCGAAAGGGUGAAACCCCCUUGUUAAGUUGUAAUUAGAUGACUAACUAGUAAAUUUGUUGAUUACAUUGGAUAUUCUUGUUCUCGCCAUCUAUAAA